AUGAAUGCCUCUGUGAACAAUCCGGAGACCACGGUUUAUGUCGGCAACAUCGAUCCCACUGUCACCAAGGAGGAUCUCUACGAGCUGUUCGUGCAGGUGAGUCCGGUGGCUGGUAUAAGGUACCCGAAGGACAAGGUUUUGCAAGUGCACCAAGGAUUUGCUUUUGUAGAGUUCUACACUUCUGAGGACUGUCAGUAUGUGAUACAAUUGAUGAAUAACUGCGUUCAACUAUACGAAAGGACGUUGAAAGUAAGAAGAGCGAAUGCGCAACAGAGCGGUGACGCAGCCUCUAUUGAUUUGAAAAUCCAACCUGUUGCCAAAAUCUUUGUUAAGGACCUCGACACUUCUAUCGAUGAAUUGCACAUCAGUAAAUUGUUCAGCAAGUUCGGUCCUCUGGCUGGAGCGCCGGAGAUUUUUUACCUGACUCAUGGGCAGGUUCGAUGCGCCUACGUCUACUUUAAGAGCUACGAGCAUGCAGAUAACGCUAUAGCGACGCUCAACGGCCAACUUGUGGUGAACAAGAAGUUGACCAUAGACUACGCUUUUAAGGAGAACGGUAAGGGAAACGCAAAGUAUGGUGAGGAAGUAGACAGACUGCUGAACAAAGAAGCCCGAAAACAUGGCCUUUUGAAAUGGUAA